AUGAGAUGGACCCAGCGAUACGGUGUUAUGGCGAUAGCCAUUAUUGUUAUGAUUGCAUUUGUUUUAGUUUCACGCCAAAAACGAUCUGCGGCAGAACAAACACAACAAACAAUUGAAUCAUUACAAAAUCGUAUUGAUUAUGUUUCACGUCUCAAUGAUGAACAUCUACAAGAACUAUCAGCAAUAAAACAACAAAAUAUUCGUUUAAUGCGUUCUUUAAAUUCAAUGAAAUCUUGUCACCGUCGUUUAGGAACAAAUGAUACAAAUAAUUUAUUGUUAACGAAUUUGAAUAGUACAAAUUUUGAUGAAGCAUUAAACGAUCACGCCGCUGAUUCAAUAAAAAAUGGCUUUCAUCUGCCACCAAGCUUCAGUUAUUUGAAACAUCUUAACAAUAAACAUGAUAUGUUAUCACCAGCGUUUCAUCGUCAAACAACACGGGAAAAUUUCUUACGUCGAAAUGUAUCAUUUGUUAUUGGUAUACCAACAGUUAAACGCGAUAAACAAUCGUAUCUAAUAGAAACGAUAAAAUCUUUAAUUGAUAAUAUAAAUAGUGAAGAUAUUGAACGACUAUUAAUUGUUGUAUUUAUUGCUGAGCCAUUUGAUAUUGAAUAUGUACGAACAACAGCUCAUCAAGUAGAAAAACUCUAUGACAAAUAUAUUGAAAGUGGCUUAAUUGAAAUCAUGAGUCCACCAUUAGAUUAUUAUCCUAAUUUUGAUAAAUUAACUUUAAGUUUAAAUGAUGACAAGGAACGUGUGAAAUGGCGUACGAAACAAAACUAUGAUUUUACUUAUUUAAUGAUGUAUUCAUCGAGCAGAGGCAAAUAUUAUAUUCAAUUAGAAGAUGAUGUUAUAACAAAACCUGAUUAUAUACAUAUUAUUGAGAAUUUUAUUAAUCGGCAAAAAACACAAAAUUGGUUUAUGUUGGAAUAUUCGAGCUUAGGAUUUAUUGGUAAAAUGUUUCAUACCAAUGAUCUUGAUGCACUAGUGAAUUUUUUUCUUAUGUUUUCUGCCGAUAAACCAAUUGAUUGGCUACUUGAAUAUUAUCAAGAUACAAAAUAUUGUCAGUUUGGUGCUGAUAUACAAGCAUGUACACGAACAAAAGGUUUACAUCGUUUUCGUUAUCGCCCAUCGUUAUUUCAACAUAUUGGAAUAUAUUCUUCAUUGAAAGGGAAAAUACAAAAAUUGAAAGAUAGAGAUUUUGGUAAAAAUGUGAAAUUAUUUAAAGCUCACGAAAAUCCUCGAGUAUCAUCAAUUCUAUCAACUUUGAAAGAUUACGAUAAACAUACAAUCAUCAGUUGCUAUGAAGGACAAAACUUUUUUUGGGCAUUACAACCGAAGAACGAUGAUACCAUUGAAUUUAAAUACGACCCACCGGUCAUACUAUCAAAAGUUUAUUUUAAAUCGGGUAAUCCGGAGCAUCCAGGUGACAAAUUUUUCAAUACAACUAUUGAUUUAUUACCAUAUGUACAACCUAAUGACGACGUAAAAUAUGUUAAAGAUCAUGAUGGAUUUUAUACAGUAGCAAAUUUUUCACAUGAUACUGGUAUUGCAGAAGGGCUUGUUAAUAAAGCACUUGGACCCAUAUCAACUGUACGUUUGAAAGUACAUUCAAAGUCAGAAGCAUGGGUUAUAUUGAACGAGAUUCUUAUUGAACCGAUGAAAUCUAAAUGA